GUGGACCCGGCUCGCGGACAAUAUACUCUUGUGGCUCUCAGACGCCUGUUCUGAGCCUGUGUGUUUCUGUGAGUCUGCAGUGACCGAGGUUAUGGCCUACGAUGGUCUUCCUCCCCUCACAGUAACUCGGUUCUCCCUAGAUCUACCCACCCUUCCGCAGUACAUCCACUCCCAGACUCUUGCCACCACGCCGGUCAACUCCUGCUGUUCUCAGCGAGGACCAGUGAAGACUGUCAUUAGCCAAAGACCACGGAUCUACAAUGCAUUGGCACGAGUGGCGAGCCGGGACACACAUCUCUCAAAUCGGAGGACAUCAGAUUUUCAACACAACAAACGCUUUUUUUAUGUUUCUGAUUUCUCGGUAGCCAUGUACGAAAUACAAACACGCGCGCGCAAGAUGACAACAGUCUGCCUCCGUUCCGCCGAGCACGCGAACCCCCUAAACCCCCGCGCCCACGCGUCGACUAAGAAUGACCAACGACGAGCCAAGGAAAUCGGGCCGGCAACUCAUUCUGGCCUGGUGUUAAUCCACGUGGUUCUGUGCUGCUGUCCGAUGCGGGGGUGGCUUACGACCCUGAGAGACAGAAGCAGGUGGAUGGCUUAUUUGCCGUGGGCGGAGCAUCCAGCGCAAGUGCAGCUCGAGCCGCAGCCGCAUGAGUCGCCGCACAUCUUGAUUGGGUUUGGGGGGGUUUGGUUGGUUGGGGUUGGUUUAGUUUGGUGAGAAGAUUUGGCUGUUAGACUUGGAUUGGCUUUGUUCUCGGUAGUGAGAUGGAAAAGAAAGAAGAAAAAGGAGAAGCAAUCGAGAGAACGGCGGGGAACGGCGCGAGUAUUAAAG